UAUCCAAGUUAGGGCGCUGGCCGUCGUCGCGGAGAAAGGGUAUCAGCACGGUACCGGUUUCCUCCGGAGCAGCGAGGGAGAAGAAGAGUAUGUGAGAAAAAUCUGGCAGCGCAGGCACAGGUUUGAGGAAUAGGUCGAAAAAAAGUGAGAAAGGAGGGAGAAACAAACAGGGAAGGGAAGAUGAGCACCCCGCCGUUUCCCAACGAUGGCUCUUUUCUCGAGAGGUUUAAGCAAAUGCAAGGGGCUCCCGCUGUGGCCGCUACUACUAGCGCUGUGAGUGAGCCGCCGAGCACGAGCACUAGCAGCACUAGUUCUAGCACGGGAGUUCAGCCCGUGAGCAUCACGAUCAAGAAGAAUUGCUGCAUAGGUUCCAAGGCACCUCCCGUAACGCCAGCGUCAAACGGGAAGUUAGCGUUCAGUUUGAAGGCCAAGGUAGUUAGGCCUGCGGUGAAUCCAUUGAAGCUGGGUGACAACGAUGAUGAUGAGGAGGAGAGUGCUGCUGCCGCUAGUACUGCUCCUGCGGCUGCCAAGGUGGUGAUGGAGAGACCCGCGAAGAAGCAGAGGUUUGAUGUUGUUGACGCUCCCUCGCACUCAGCUCUGCCGGCCCCUCCUCUUGAUCCUGAUGUGAGAAAGGUAGCGGAGAAGCUUGCCAGUUUUGUUGCAAAAAGUGGUCGGGAAUUCGAAGAUAUCACUCGGCAGAAGAACCCUACGGAUCCUCGUUUUGGGUUUCUGUUCGAUGUUAAUUGCUCGGACUACAAGUAUUACGAGCACAAGCUUGCUGAGGAGGAAUCCUUCCUCAAUAAGCCCCAUACUCCGAUCGUGUUGCAACAUGCCACACCAUCUCGGCAACAAUCGUUUCCACAGAGAAGCUCACAACGUACAAACUUUCAGACCCCUGCCUCGGCUCUAUACGAGAACGGGGAAGAAGCACGCCAUGAGCAGGAGCAAGACACAGCCAAACAAUCAACAGAGCCAGACUCUUUGGCUAUGAUGGACUUUUAUAUGAAAAAGGCAGCCCAGGAGGACCUCCGAAAGGCUCCUAAGCAAACCAAAGAUGAAAUGCCUCCACCGUUGUCACUGACGAGUACACCCUCCACAAAGAGGGGUCACCAUAUGGGAGACUACAUUCCUCAGGAAGAGCUGGAAAGAUUUAUGGCGAAAUGCAACGACGUCAGUGCUCAGAAAAACAUACUAGAAGCAACCGAGAAAGCCAGGAUUCAAGCAGACAAUGUAGGCCAUCGUCUACUGUCCAAGAUGGGAUGGAAAGAAGGUGAGGGACUUGGAAGUGCUAGAGGUGGCCGUGCCGAUCCGGUGCAAGCGGGACAAGUGAAGCUAAACAAUCUGGGAUUGGGAGCCCAGCAACCUGGCGAAGUAAACUCUGAGGACGACAUCUACGAGCAGUACAAGAAACGUAUGAUGCUGGGUUACAGGUUCCGUCCUAAUCCACUGGUAAGCUUUCUCUAUUUGUUUUCGUGGAAUCUCGAGACACAAACCCGGUCGUGUUCAUUCAGAACAAUCCCAGGAAAGCAUACUACUGAUGAACCCCCGAAAAAAUCAGAAAAAAAAAAAGUCGUUGUUUCUAUACACGAUCUAAGAUUCCUCCGCUCUGUAAGUGUAUCAAUCACGUAUUGUACAUCUUUGCUGCUGCCAUGACGCUCGGCUGGAAGGAAUAAAUCACAGGGAAGCUUGCUUGUGGAGGACAACUUGGAGAUCUAAAACAAAGAACGAAUAAAAAAGUUCCAUCGUGUUCUAGUA